UCCAACGGCCCAAAAUGCAAAUCACAAAAGACAUUGGAAAAAGAAAGAAAGGAAGGAAGAAAACCAAAAAACUUGGUUGUUAAGCAAAAUCAGAUAAAAAACAGAACAAGCAGUCCUUGGAAAGAAAAUCGAAGACAAAAGAAAAUGGCGUUGCAGUGGAUGAUACUGACAUACCUAGUGGCAGCAGAGGCAGUAAUUGCGGUACUCCUAACGCUACCGUCGCCAAAGCUAUUGAAGGACCGAUUGGUUUCUCUCAUCUCUCUCCUUCUCCAGCCGGCUCUCUUUAUUGUCCCUUUUGCCGGGUUCCAGCUCCUGGAUAUAUAUUGGAAAAUGGAGCAUCGAUUGAUGUGCACUGGUGAGACCUGCACUGCUGCUGAAAGAGAUCGUUAUGAGAAAUCUAUCUACAAAUCUCAAAGGAAUGUCAUUCUUUGCAUUUCAGCAUGCCUUCUCUACUGGUGUGUUUAUCGUGUAUGCAAAUUUCACAAGGAGAUUCAGAGCUUGGAGGAAGUAGAGAAGAGAUACAAGGAGCAGUAGUAUUUCCUCACCUAUCCCCAUUUCAUAACUAGGGGCUGAGAAGUAGUAGUGCUGUGUUUUGUAUUGAAUAUGGACAUUACGACUAGAUAUGUUGUCAUGUUACAAAUACGAGUGUUAUGUAUUUGCAAGUUUAUCUUCUGUGCUUGUGGCCUGUAUUUCUCCUGUUAUUAGGCUGUUGCAUUUUCCUCAUACCCAUGGAGAGUACAGUAUGAACACUGCUGUUUGGAAAACUAAACUCUGCUAUUUCUAUAUUAUUUUUGUUUUAAUCUACCAGACGUGUUCUUUUU